AUGGCACUGGAUGCAUUACAGCAUUUGGGUCUGCAGCCCGCCUCGGAGGUGAUUUUGGAGUCGGUGGUCGAGGAGCAGUCGACGGGUAACGGCACGUUGAUGACCCGUCUCAAGGGAUACAAGGCAGACGUCGCGUUGAUUCCAGAGUCCGAAGGAGAGAUCCUGGUACGAGCAAAUACUCGUGUCUUAUGGUUCCAGGUUGAGGCGCGAGGAACUCCUGUGAAUACGAGGGGGAUGGGGACAGGGAUGAAUGCUGUCGACGCGUUCUGGAGAGUGAUUGGGGCCCUUGAGGGAGUUGGAGGCAGAAUGGAGCCAAAGAAGAGUUGA